AUGGCAGGUAUCGUAGGCAGCCAAAGCGACAGCACGUGCAACACGCACAACGCCCUGCGCAACAUAUCCUCGUACGCCUGCGGUGUGACUUUCGAGUUUAAGAGCACCGCGGAUCCGCCGCCGGACAUGCAUUACGGGGUGGUGUCACUGAAAGAAUGCUGCGACAUGGCGAACAGCCCCCUGAUGCGCAUACCGGGUAACACGGGCUGCGAGAUACAGUUCUGCGAGCUACCCGAGAGCACAACUUCUACUACUAUGACCGUCCAAUACGCCUACGCCACGGGUUCCGGUACCGCAGCCGCGACGCCGCCACCGUACGUCACGGAAGACGUCCGCGUCGGGCCGCCUGGCGACGUCGAGUCCUGCAUGCGCUUCGUCUACGAGCGCGACGUGCCUGAGAAUAUCGCCAAGGACAUCGCCUCCGCGGGCAACUGGUGUAUCGUUCGUAUGUACGACGACGAGCUACCCGAUUCUGAGGUAUCCGCUGCCGUAACGGCUAGCCCGGCGCCUCCGAGCUGGACGACCGCGGCGAUGGACCCGUUUGAUGUUUACUUUUCGACGAAAAGCGCUGCCGAAGCGAGCGCGACUGCGGCUCCUAAGUCGAGCGACGGGCCUAGAAUCAUAUGCGCAAGCCCUAUGACAUCAGCCAUGAGAUUAUCCGUAUUUAGCAUAGUCCUUGCCGCAGGAAUAACGCACGCCCAGUCCGAAAACGAAACCGGCGAACAUCCAGGAUGGCCGCGAUGGUGCGGAAAAGUCUACGAAGCCGGAUACCCGUCUUUCGAGCCAGGCGGUCACACGACAGAGCCAGCUCUCAUAAACCCGGACGGAUCGCCAAAUCUGUACGUGCAAUUCAAGCCACGGCAUAGCAUCUACCUAGCUGGCGAGGACAAAGGCUCCUUCGUCGUCAAGGCCGAGCUGUCGACUUGGUUUGGCGAGCCGUGGGAGAAUUCGACAACAGACGAAAAGUCGGUGACGGAACCAUCUACGGAUCUGCACUUCUCCAUCAACCUGAUAUCCAAAAGCGGCGAGGGUAAUGCGCCACUGGUCGAGGGCAGCGUGCCGAUUAAUGCGACCGGUUCAGGUUUUGAUUUUGACCUCUCCGCUUUCGAACCGCGAUUAACACCGUACGAAGUCGUGCUAGUCGGCACGUCUCGGCUUGGCGGACGUAACUAUACGGCGAACAGCUCGUUUCGGUAUCUGCCAGAUAUCGCUCCGGGAGGAAGCGCCACCAAGAUUGACAACCUGAGCGGCGGUCUACUAUUCCGCAACGCGCAGACGGGGGAUGCUUUCGUACCUCUUCUACCGUACGGGUUCUACGGCUUGUAUAACGGAUCUAACAGCACGGCCGAGAGCGACGGAUUCGUUCGCGAAUACUCCAGCGGCGGAAAAGGUCUCAACGCUAUCAUCUCGUUGGCGGGAUUUGCCGAUACCAAUCCGGUAUACGACAGCAUGGACGCAUCCACCAUGCGCUUCAUGUUCGAUCUGCGUAGCUCGUACAAAAACUUGACGGAGGUUACGCAGCGGGUGAACACUAUCAAGCAUCAUAGCUCUCUAUUUGCUUACUGGACGGCAGACGAACCCGACGGCUGGCAAGUUCCUUUUGACGUUACGCCCGCAGCUCAGGAGCUCAUCCACGGUCUAGACCCUUAUCAUCCGGUAGCGGUGACUCUCAACUGCCAAGACUAUUACUUUGGAGAGUAUUCGGCCGGGGAUAUUCUAAUGCAAGAUCCGUAUCCCAUCGCCAUCAAUAGCACAUUCUCCAAGUGGGGUACAGCAUGCAAUACGACCCUAGGAGACUGCGGGUGUGAUAACUGCGCGGGCAACCCGCAGGACGUCUCUCGCCGUCUUGAUAACCUAAUACAAUACGAACGCUGGCUGGGCCGGUGGCCGCUACCCAAGUUUCAUAACCCGCAAGCUUUCCACGGCGAGGACUACUGGGCCCGCGACCCGACACCCGCCGAAGCCUUCGUCAUGAACGCGUUAGCAUUCAAUAGAGGCGCCACCGGUAUCUUCGCCUGGACGUGGCCCACCAGCCAGGAAUUAUUCGACGCUCACUCGCGGAUGGCGGCAGCGGUUACGAGCGCCCCCGCGAGGGAUUUCUUGCUCGGUGGUCAGCCCGACGGGAAUAUUCGCAUCGACAAUCAGGAGCUGCUCGAUAUAAGCUAUUGGGUGCGGGAGACCCAAAUCAUGAUAAGCAUAGUAAACGGAGGUGCUGGCGACAUCAACGGGCCGGUCUCGAUAACGCCACCAGACCCCGGGAGGCGUAUCGCGGACGUACCAUUUGGAGACCAGUCGUGGAGCCUGGCGGAUGGUCAAUUGAUAACUGACAAGCUGUCUGCCCUGUCGGUGAGCCUUGUUAUUAUUGAUAAGGAGUAA